UUAAUGGAUUUUUCGAAAUUUAUUUGUUGUCUAAUUCUAUUUAUAAUGUUAAUAUUGUCUUCAUUAUAUUAUCUAAAUUAUAACCAACAAGAUCAACUUUAUAUUCUCAAAUCGUCUAAGACGAUAAAGAUUAAAAAGCAGAAAAUGCCCCCAAUUUUGAUUUGGAAUAAAUGUAUUGAAGUAAAAAGUCAAGGAAUUGGUUAUCCAGAUUAUCCAGUGAUUAAUUCAAACAUUAAAUGUCCUUUCAAUUGCACUUUUACUAACGAUAGAAAAUUGUAUUGAGAUGAAUGUUUCAACUAUACUUUUCUUUAUACAUGUAUAUUGUUUAAUAAACGAAUGGCCCCAGAAUCGCAGAGAAGAUCAAAAUUAUAUGAUGUAUACAGUUGAAAGUCCUACAGAAACUUUGAGACAUUAUGACAGAAAAUUUCUAACAAACAAAUUUUUAAAUAGUUCAGCUACCUAUCGUUUAGAUAGUUCUGUAUUUAUGCCAUAUGAUGCUUUAACUAGA